AUGAAUCCUUACAAUAUAGGAAGAUGCUUGAUGUGUCUAGGGUGUAUAUGUAUUUAUAGUGUUGAUGGCUUCAAAAUUAAAGAUGCCAAAGAGAUCAAGGUAUCUGCAGAUGAUGAAAUCUGCAAUGAUGAGGAUUCUGAACAACCAGCCGAGAUGGUAUGUGUGGAUGAAGACCAUGUCAUCCAUCUAGCCAAUGUCUCCUACAAGGCAUGUAACCAAUCACCCUGCAUAAGAACGAAUGUGCCUGUGGAUAAAUGGCCGACUGGUCUACUUCAAUGCCUUGGAAAGUUUGAGUGUAAAGUUUUGCCGCUGGAACCAACACCAGAAUUCAGAGUUUGUGCCUCAUGCUCCCGAUCUGUUUUCGCCCCUGCACGUGGACUAAUGCAUUUGUUUUGUAAUGGAGUUGGUGAUGUCAUUGAGGUUAAAACAUCAGUCAGUUGGUCAUUGGACAUAACAUCUCAAAGUGUUCAUAUCUCUGAUAAUUCUGAAGGAUCUCGACUUGCGGCACUGAAGCACUCUUGCGAUGGGAUACAAUAUUGCAACUCUAUAAAUGCAAGGCCAGAGACGGGAAAUUAUGAACGUGUAUUUUACAAAUGUGUACAGGAUAAAACCACAACCUCUUUCCAAGCAACUGUGUCAAUGCCUACUACUCUGACCCAACUGCCAUGGAAGAUCCCAGUCAUUUUCACAUUAGGAUUAGUCAUUACUGGACUACUUUUGGUUGGAGGCAUUGGUCUUUUCAUCCUCUACAGGAGAUGGUAUAAUGAUACAAACAAUCCAAGGGACCAAGAAUUAGGAGCUAACCAAAGAACGGGAGAAGACAACAUACUUUUAAAUGGACAACAUCUGGAACAGCAAUGAAACAAUUUACAAAUGGCGUUCAUCCUUAACAAGGACUGUAGAUAGAAAAUUCGAAAUUCUUUAUUUUUUCUGAGCUAUCAGGU